AUGACCGAGUUGCUAGCGAAGCAGCAGACGCUGCUUCAUUCGAUCGCAAACGCUCUUUCCAAUUUCAAAAAACUGGGAAGAAAUAACUACACUCCCGCGAAGAUUCGAUCUAGAAUCAACGCGCUCAAGGACGCUUGGGGCCAGUGCGUAAACGCUCAUGCAGCCCUGAUGCAUGUCACUCCCGAGGACCAGAAGAAGGGUGUCGAGUACUUUGCACUGCAGCAGUUCGACGAACACGAGGAGCUUUUCCGGACGGCCCUCGACUACAUGACGGAGUGCCUGGAGGAAUUAGAGCCCGUGUCGCCCGCAGCUUCCUUGGCAAGUCCUACGUUUCGAUACGCGGAUCCCGCGUCCUCCUCCGUGUCUCACUUACCGCCGAUUAAAAUUCCACCAUUCUCGGGCAAACCCGAAGAUUGGGAGAGUUUUCGCGAUCGCUUUUCUUCGCUGAUAAUUCAAAACAAGGAAUUAACCGCGUUUUCCCGCAUGCACUUUCUAGCGUCAAGUCUAACGGGUAGCGCUCUCGACGCGAUUAAAACUGUACCAGUCACCGCCGACAACUUUGACAUCGCGUGGAAGAUUCUGCUCUCGCGUUACGACAAUAAGCGUCGCCUCGUCGACGUUCAUAUUGCCGCGCUGCUCAAUCUGCCUUCAGUCAAUCGGGAGUCGGCGGCUGAAUUAAACGACCUUCGCGAUAAGGCGAAUCGCGCUAUCGCUUCGCUAAAAAAGCUGAACAGAUCCUCCGAAGAGAUUCUGAACGACAUCCUAGUUCACACAGUCUCGCGAAGGCUCGAUAGCUCUACGCGAAAAGCGUGGAAACUAAAGGGAAGCGAAGACGCGACCAUUCCUACGUUCGAGGAUCUCGACAAGUUCCUUGCAGCACGCGCUCGCGCGCUAGAAGAGCUCAGUCCCUCAAGUUCGACCACCUCGACCAGUCGUGCGAAGGGAUCACAAGUGACGGCUUCGACUGCAUCUACGAUCUCAUGCCCGCUUUGUAACGCUUCUCAUUAUGUAAAUAAAUGCGCUCAAUUUUUGAACCGGAGUCCGAGUCAACGAGUGGAGGUAGUCAAACAGGCAAAGCGCUGUCUAAAUUGUCUCAGUACGAAGCACGCCACUCAAUCUUGCCCGAGCAAGUAUUCAUGUCGGACAUGUCAAAAACGACAUCACACUCUCCUUCACGUUGACCCGGGUUCCGUGUCUGCGGUCACCGCCAUCGCUCCAAACGCGUCGACGCUCUCCGAAACGACGGAAGUCUCAACUGCAAUUUCGAUGUCCGCGGCUUGCGAUUUCCAAUCUCGACCGCCGGUGUUUCUUGCCACCGCACAAAUUCUUGUAACUUCCCCCCUCGGUCGAACGCGCACCGUUCGCGCUCUCCUCGACCCCGGAUCGGAACUUACGCUCAUUUCAGAACGUUUAAGUCGGGAAUUGAAAUUGCGGCGCCUUCGUCUACCUGUCUCGAUUUCCGGGGUCGGAUGCGUGGAUGCCGGAUCGUGUAGAUACGCCGCUAAAUUCGAAAUCUCGUCGAUCCACUCGCCCGAGCCGGCUUUUUCAGUCAUUGCGACUAUCAUGCGUUCACUCACACCAUAUUCUCCGUCGCGCGCCGCGUCUCAAGGGUCGUGGAGUCAUUUAGACGGCCUCUCGCUGGCCGACUCAGAUCCAACAAGCGCUGCGCCGAUUGAAGUUAUCAUCGGUGCCGAUCUCUACGGUGAGAUUCUCCUCGAUGGCCGUCGGAAAGGAGAAUUCGGUCAGCCUUACGCGCAGAACACCAUCUUUGGAUGGGUACUCUCCGGACCGACGUCCUCUUCGCCGUUCCUCUCGUCGGCAUCCGUUCAUUGUUGCUCGCAAGUAACGUGCUCACGCGGUGAUUCGCCCACCCUUGACCAGGCAUUGAGACGAUUCUGGGAAGUGGAGGAGAUUCCGCGGAAGGUGGUGCUCACUCCGGACGAGUUACAAUGUGAGGAGCAUUUUCUUAAAACGCAUUCGCGUUGCUCUGAUGGGCGGUACAUCGUCCGUCUACCAUUCAAAAAUGGUCCGCCGAUCAAAAUCGGAUCAUCUCGCGGCACCGCUGCUCGCUAUCUCAGCAGCUUACUCCGUCGAUUUCAAAAAUCGCCGGAUCUUCAGAAGGAGUAUUCGGAAUUUUUACGCGAAUAUGAAGAGAUGGGUCACAUGCGGGAGUCGCCUCCGCUCUCCGAAUCGUCUCAAUGCGUGUUCAUUCCUCAUCAUCCUGUCAUCCGCGACGGAAGUAGCACUACGCGUCUCAGGGUAAUAUUUAAUGCAUCGAGCAUUACCUCCAACGCGACCUCACUCAAUGAUCAUAUGUUAGCUGGACCGAAGCUUCAGACCGAGUUAACCGCGGUUAUUUUGCGUUGGUGUCAAUUCAGAUACGUUUAUUCAGCGGACAUCGCAAAAAUGUAUCGACAAAUUCUUGUCGAUCCGCGGGACGUGAAUUAUCAACGCAUUCUCUGGUGCAAAAACGACUCUAGUUGCCCUCGCGAAUAUAAAUUACUCACGGUCACAUACGGAACCGCAGCCGCUCCGUUCCUGGCGCUUCGAAUACUGCGCCAACUUCUCUACGAUGAAGGACCGGCAUUUCCACUCGCCAUGUCAGUCCUUCAGGAUAACAUAUACGUCGACGACGUGCUCUUUGGCGCCGAUGACAUUCCGCUCCUGCGUCAGACGCGCGAUCAGACGUGCGCGGUGUUGGGCCGGGGCGGGUUUCAGUUGCGAAAAUGGUCAAGCAACUCCUCUCGACUGCUCGACGACAUUCCUGAAGAGAAUCAUGGUCUCGCCUGUAGCAAAACUCUGCAGGAAGACGAGCAGCUGAAAAUUCUGGGAAUUAGCUGGAGUCCGUCGCAGGACGCGUUUCAAUUCCGCGUGUCCGUUCCAUCCUCGAUUCCUCGUACGAAGAGGUCGAUUCUCUCGGUCAUUGCGCGUCUUUUCGAUCCCCUCGGCUGGAGCGCCCCAGUAACAAUCCGCGCCAAAAUCUUUCUUCAGAAGCUGUGGCAAAUCCGCGUCGACUGGGAUGAGGAUAUUAAUGCUAGUCUAGGCGAUGAAUGGUUGUCGAUCGAGAACUCUCUCAAGGCCAUCGAUGGCCUCCUCAUUGAUCGGUGGAUACGGAAGGGUGCGGACACCGUCAUGUGCGAAGUACACGGAUUUUCAGACGCGUCUCAGAAAGCCUACGCGGCCGCCGUAUACAGUCACUUAGCCUCGUUAUCGGACGAACGGUCGUCGAUGCUGCUUCUCAGCAAAUCGAAAGUUGCGCCAAUAAAACCGUGGAGCGUGCCACGGCUGGAACUGGCUGCGGCCGUGUUACUCUCCCGCCUUGUGGAAUUUACACUGGAGUCACUGCGGCUUCCAGACACGACUCCGUGUUACUGUUGGACGGAUUCCACAGUGGUUCUCGCCUGGGUGACUCAACACCUGUCGCAGUGGAGGACGUUUGUCUCAAAUCGUAUCGCCGAUAUUCAAACCCGCCUCCCUAAUGCCGCUUGGCGGCACGUCUCCACUGAUGACAAUCCCGCUGAUUGCGCGUCUCGCGGCAUUCUCGGGAGUCAGCUCGCGUCACACGAUCUCUGGUGGAGUGGUCCGUCAUGGUUGCGUCUCGCCAGCUCUGACUGGCCAUCGCCGAUCGCCCCCACUCCUGCCGGAGAGCUACCCGAACAAAGAUCUGAGAAAACCGUGAACCUGGUCGGGCAGCUGGAGCCGUGGGAUCUUGCUUCGCGAUAUUCGUCAUGGCCGAAACUGCUCCGGGUCACGGCAUACAUCCUGCGGUUUGUGUCUCGGAACGCUCAUUUGCGAUCACUCCAUGCUGGCACUCAACUGACUCUCAAUGUGAUGCGGCAGGAAUUUUGGCUGCUUCGUGGACGCAGUGUCGUCAGAGCCGCGAUUCAUAAGUGCGUUGUAUGCGCACGCGAACGCGCCGCGAUUCCGACACAACUCAUGGGAAAUCUCCCUCAAGUGCGAGUGUCGCCUCCUUCGCGCGCCUUCCUGAGUUGCGGCCUUGACUAUGCUGGACCCAUUCUCAUCCGAUCUAUGUCCGGUCGUGGAAUCGCGUCGCGAAAGGCAUACAUUGUCAUAUUCAUCUGCAUGGCCACUCGUGCCGCCCAUCUGGAGAUUGUAGACGGGUACGCCACUCCUACGUUUCUAGCGGCAUAUGCCAGGUUCGUUGCUCGACGAGGUCUUCCUAAGUCCAUCUACUCAGACAACGGAACCACGUUCGUCGGCGCCGACCGAGAAAUGACGAUCGCCUUUCGCGCAGCGCUGCGCAACUCGGAUUUUCUAAAUCGAACCGCCACCGACAACACCAGCUGA